GAUAUUGUGUCCUUCAGGUUCUGUGGCACCUCGAUAUCUUCAGACGUAGUUUCCGUCAGCUCACCACUCACAAGUGCAUGGAGGACUCGUGCAUUUUCUGUGCUCUGAAGAGCAUCUUUUCCCAGUUUCAGUACAGCAGUGAGAAAGUAUUACCGUCCGACGCUCUGCGCAGUGCGCUUGCCAAAACCUUCCAGGACGAGCAGAGGUUUCAGAUGGGCAUCAUGGACGACGCUGCAGAGUGCUUUGAGAACAUCUUGAUGAGGAUUCACUUCCACAUCUCAGACGAGACCAAAGAAGACAUCUGCACCGCCCGACACUGCAUCCCCCACCAGAAGUUCGCCAUGACGCUUUACGAACAG